GCGAGCCGCUGCGCGCUGUCAAACGGAGCGCGAGCGCAGAGCGAACCUCAGUCCAGGGAGGGGAGCCGAAGAGACGGACAGAGAGAGGGGAGAGUAGGGAGAGAGAGCGGAGCUGCAGAGAAAACAUCUGGAUUACUUACCAGCCGCGUGACGGUGACAUACAAACCUUAAAGCCCACAAAAGCCUGGAGAAACAAACCAACCGCGCCAGGAGAUUCUGGAGAAAAAAGUCCAACUCUGACUGGUUUAAACGACUCACAGCAAUCCCAGAAACUAACAGCAGCCGCAGACCCGACUGAAGCCGCCCUGACCCGAGUUUCCAGCGCACUUCUUCACAGACCGGUGUCUGCGCCGGCUGACCUCCAUGUAUAAGAUGGAUUACUCAUACCUGAACUCCUAUGACUCCUGCAUGGCAGCCAUGGAAGCGUCGGCCUACGCGGACUUCAGCUCCUGCAGUCAGGCCAGCUCCUUCCAGUACAACCCGAUCCGGAGCGGCCCUUUCUCCAAUCCUGGCUGCACUCCCCUCAGCACGACCAGCUGCACACUGGGAGCCCUGCGAGAGCACCAGCCCACACCUUACUCCUCAGUCCCUUACAAGUUCUUCUCGGACCCAUCUGGCCUGAACGAGAAGAGGAAGCAGCGGCGCAUCAGGACCACGUUCACCAGCUCCCAGCUGAAGGAGCUGGAGCGCGUGUUCGCAGAGACGCACUACCCGGACAUCUACACCCGGGAGGAGCUGGCGCUGAAGAUAGACCUGACCGAGGCCCGAGUACAGGUGUGGUUUCAGAACAGACGUGCCAAGUUCCGUAAGCAGGAGCGUGCAGCCAACGCCAAAGCCAACAGCUCUGCUGGCACCACAGGCAGCAGCACCAACAACAGCUCUGGAGGGAAAAAGGGCGGAGAGCCAAGAUCUUCAUCAGAUGAUGAUGAGUCUAAAGAGUCCACCUGUAGCCCCACACCUGACAGCACGGCCUCCCUGCCGGGCUCAGCCAAUGGAAACUUGGGGAGCCCUGCCAGUCUGAGCCCCAGUCCGGCUCCUGCCAACAGCAGCUACACCAACACCUCCAGCUCUCCGGUUCUCCAGGGGCUGAAGCCUCCCAGCUGGUCCAGUCUGGGGCCCUCCAACCCGGCCGUGGCGCAGCCCGCUGCCCAGACUCAGGAGAUUCUGAAGGCCUGGCAGCCAGCGGACAGUAUGACCGGGCCCUUUGCCGGAGUUCUGUCCUCUUUCCACAGAAAACCCAAUCCCACCAUCAAGACGAAUCUGUUCUGAAGAACAGAGCAAGACAAAUGAGAAACAAACUGUAAGCGAGAGGAGUUUCUAGCCUUUGUGGAGAGAGACAAGACUUGCCCAUUAAAACACUGAAUCCGUUGCUGUAGUCUGCUGCGGUCCAGCAAGGUUCUCAGUUCUUCUCUUACCGACUCAGAAAAUAAAAUCACAGGUCUGCUCACCAUCUGCCGUCCAAAAAGAUUAUGCAACAGUGCACACUGUACCUGUAAAACCUACCUUGACACGGGCAGUUUCCUCCCUUUCCUGCAAUGACUCCACUCUCACUCUCCGAUAAAACAAAGAGAAAUACUUUACUUAAUAACGGUAAACUAUACAGGCCCUUAAACUGUCCAUAUUUGCAUCGUCUUUUCGGUCUGUCUGGUGCACCUACAUUCCCACACUCACUGCACUGCAGCAAACUCGGUGGUGCAUGGCAGCAGCUCUGAUGAGUAUGGCGGUCAGGUACGAGUUUAAAGCAGAAAUCUAAACAUCACACUCCGAAAUCUGCUGGGGAAGCAAACUUUCACCCUCAAGCACAACUUCCUCUAAGCCCCCCCGACACACAGGCUUUCACCAGUUGAAAUAGG